GGGGCGGUGUCAUUGGCUAUCGUUGGCCCGGCCCCGCCCGCUGAGUGUGGUGGUAGAUGGGGGGGAAGGCCGCUUCUUGUCUGUGUCUCUCGAUGUGUUUACUCCUCGCGCUUGGUCCCCAGCGGCGGCUGCGGCAGCAGCGCUGAGUGGGUGGCAGUAGCAAGGCAGGCGGCGCGUAUCGGCACCUCACCCCCCCUUCCUCUCAACAUCAGCCCGCCUUCGCUCUUCCGAACCGCAGCAACGUAGCCUCUCUGCCGGACUAAGGCAGAGAAAGAGUGUGGUAAAGAUAAAAGAGUUAAUUAGUUGUGGAGAACCAUGAAGACGGAGAUCUCCACUGCUGCGGGCUUCAUCACCCGUCUCCUCAGGACGCCCGGCGGCAUCGGCGACGAGGAGCUGCGCUGCUUCAGCGAGUCACUCCAGGAGGCGCUACGAGACCAUUAUAAACACCACUGGUUCCCCUUGAUGCCUUCCAAAGGCUCCGGGUAUCGCUGCAUUAGGAUCAAUCACAAGAUGGACCCCUUGAUAGGAAAGGCAGCAGGUAUGAUUGGACUAAGCCGCGAGAGACUCUUCCAGCUCCUGCCCAGCGAAUUAACUCUUUGGGUUGACCCCUUUGAGGUGUCCUAUCGUAUAGGAGAAGAUGGGUCUAUCUGUGUCCUCUAUGAAGGCCCUCAGCCAGCAAUGAAGAAUGCCAAAGCUCUUGAGAACAGGAGCAGCUGUAAAGAGGAGUGGAGAAUUGGCAGAGCCAGCCCUUCCAAAAACUACAACAUGAUGACAGUUUCCAGUUAAAAAAUUACCAUUCCCUGUACAAUGAUGUAUGUAUGUAUCCCACUUUGAUAAUGAAGUUAGAUGAUGUAAUUGAUAUGUUGAUUUUCACCCCAUAGUCAUUAAAGUUGUAGUAGUACUGCCAAAUUCUUUUUUUUUUCUGGCCAAGGGCUAAUGUAUAAAAACAGUUCUUUAACUGUGUACUUUUUCUGGAUUGUAUAAUGUAAAUGAAAUUGUACAGUCAAGAUGAUUGUUUUACAGAUUUAUAUUUUGCAAAAAAAUCCUUGGCUAUUUGUAAUAAAAAUGAAAUUAAUUUAAAUCUUUUUUAUAUAUAUACAUAAAGGCGUUUAGUUCACAGUAACAUUUCCCCUACCACUUCUGCAUUUAUUGAGCAAUAAUUUGAGGGUGGGUGUGUGGAAGGAGGCAAAGUGGGUGAUGGGAAUUAGACGCUCUGACCAACUGGAGUUUUUAAAACUCUCCAGUGAUUUGGCAGCACAGACUGUUUCAGGGUCAUAAACACAAAUGAAGAGAACAAAUAUGAUUUGUCUAAUGUAAAUAUCCAGGCUAGGUUUUUAUUCUCAAACAGCUGUUAUGUAUGGAAUCAAAUUUUUUGGAAGAAAUUUUUUAGGAAAGUUACUCAAUAGUUCAUUCCUACUUGUUCACUAAAAUAUGUUUUUAACAUUUACAGUGUACCAUUUACACUGAUAAAUACUAGGUUAAAAUUGUCAGUUAAAACAGAAAUAUAUAUCAAUUUAUAUAAUCUGGCACAGUGAAAUGGAAUAAUUUAACUUCUAAGAACAUAAAUUAUUAAAACUUUCCUGGAAUCAGCUGGAUUAGUGAGAACUUUUAUCCAAAUACUAGGAAUCUGCUGGACUAGAUGGAAAUUUUAUUUUGACUGCAAACACCUCAUUUGAAUAUAAGUUCCAUUAAUUUCAGUAGGAGUUACUUUCAUAUAAAGUCUUUGCGAUUAGGGUGAAAAUUAAAUGUUACAUGAGUGUUUUAGUUCACAUUUUUAAACAUUUGAAUAUGUUAACCCUCUCCCCUUUUUAUUUUUGCUAUUUAAACAUACGUGUCACUCACUAAACAUUAAAAACUACUCAAAAUUAAGUGUCCUGUUUCCCCAAAACAGUUGCAAGUCUAAUAAGUUUGUUAUGAUUCAAAGAGCUACCUUAGAUGCGCCAAAGGUCUUUGGUCAUGCCAACUGGAAUUCUUUUUUGUAUUUAGCAACAGAGCAUUGUAGAUUGUUCACACAUCACUAACAAAUCUUGCAAAAGCCAACUUUGCAUGGUGAAAGAGACAGUUAAGGGACAAGUCUGGGCAAAUUCAAAGUGAUACUUCCAAUUUGGCUGAAAAAGUUGUGGGAGUUUAGUAAAAUGGCAUUUCAGUUUAACAUUCAUUAAGUUAAGGAAAUUAAUAUGUUAAUUGUAAUAAAAGGUAUUUUUAAAACUUAGAA